AUGGAAUGUGUUCCAUCACCUUCAUACUCUAUUGCUCUUAAUGGUGGUCUUCAUGGAUUCUUUAAAGGGAAAAAAGGUCUUCGGCAAGGUGAUCCUCUUUCCCCUUUCUUAUUUGUCUUAUGCCUUGAAUACUUUUCUAGGACGUUGAAAGGAGCCACCAAUAAUAGUGAAUUUAAUUUCCAUCCAAAGUGUGCUCCACUAAAGAUUACGCAUUUGGCUUUUGCGAAUGAUUUGAUGUUAUUUGCUAGAGGUGAUGCUACUUCGAUUAGUAUUUUGAUGAAUUGCCUUGCUACUUUUGGUAACAUGUCGGGGCUUAAGAUAAAUGUUGACAAGUCUAACUUGUACAUGGCGGGGGUUUAUGGCCAAGAGAUGGAGGAUAUUCUUGAGAUUGCUAGCAUCCCCAAAGGUUGUAUGCCUUUUCGCUACUUGGGCAUUCUGCUUGCAGCGAAAAGGUUGAAAAUCAACACUUAUGAUGCACUUAUCAACAAAAUCAUAGCUUAUAUUGGUGUUUGGUCUAAGGCGUCGUUAUCUUAUGCGUGA